UUCUUAUAAGAUGAACGGUUCAACAAAAUCCUAUUCAUGUGCAUUAAAAUAAACAAAAAGGAAUGAUAGUUCAUCCAGUGAAUCUAUCUUACGUAGGAGAAUAUUAAUUUAACAGUGAAAACAAAUUUUGCUAUUUCUCUGAAUAAGCAUGACUUUCCCUUAGAGCUGUAAAGGAAAAGAUACUAAGUAAAAUUUUUUUUUCCAGAAGAAAGAAAAAAUGAAUGAAUGAAUGAGAAAAAAAUCUUCAGUAAGAAAGAACAUCUUAAUAGAAUCAUUAUGACUUCUUCAACGGUUGUAUAUAUUCUUCAUAUUAGUCAAAAAUAUAUACUCUAUACUAGUUACAUUAUACUUAUGACGGGAAUAAUUGGAAAUUUUCUUAAUAUUUUUAUUUUUACUAGUUUCAAAGUCUUUCGAAAUAAUCAAUGCGUUUUGUAUUUUGUAACCGAAGCAAUUUCCAAUAUAUGUCAAAUAAUAACAUUUUUUCUUAUACGCUUAUUAAUAGCAUUAAAUGAUAUUGAUCCAGCAAAUUCAUCCAUUUUCUGGUGUAAAUUUCGUGCCAUGAUGAUUGCAUUAUAUACAUUAAUUUCGUUUUCUGCAAUAUGUUUUUCUGCUUGUGAUCAAUAUUUUUCAACAAGUCUUGAGUUCAAUUUAAGAAAAUUGAGUACAAUUAAAUUAGCUAAAAUUCUAAUAUUUAUAGCAAUUGUUAUUUCAAUAUUACAUACUAUUCCAUUUUGUAUAUUUAUUGAAAUUCGAGCUUCUUUCUGUAGUGUUUUUAAUCCAAUGAUGUCUCGUUAUCUGACAUAUUUCUAUUAUCCAAUUUUAUCUGGACUUCUGCCAAUUUUCAUAGCGUCAUUAUUUAGUAUAUUAGCAUAUCGAAAUGUUCGACGAAUCGUUCGACGACAAAUACCAAUAGCUCGCCGACGACUUGAUCGACAAUUGACAGCAAUGGUCCUUGUUCGUAUUAUUGCAUUUGUUAUAUUAACAUUGCCUUAUGCUAUUCAAAGAAUGUAUACAUAUCUUGCAAAAAUUGAUCAAUCAAAUCUUUAUCUAUUUGCAAUUAAUAGUCUAGUGGGAGGAGUCAUAAGUUCGCUAUUUAAUGUAAAUUAUGUGGCAUCGUUUUAUAUAUUUAUGGCAUCUUCAGCACGAUUUCGUCGUCAAGUAAAGUAUGUUUUGGUAAGAAAAUGUUGGCAACAAUUGAAACGAUGGUUUUCUUGCAAUGAAAAUCAAGUUCAUCCAAACAUGCAGAUACAAUCAGUUGAUUCUAGCAUUGAACUACAGUGA